AUGAAUCUGAAACUUCUUUCUUGCCCUGGAUUCCUUCUGCUGCUUAUUGUCAGUCAAAACCAGGCAAGGGCCAGUCCCAUUUCCAACUUACAGAAUCUGUUCAAACUGCUCAAUGAGGACCUGGAGCAUCCCCUGGUUUCAGAAGAGAGGGACCAUGAGCAAGAUGACAUGAUCCCAACAGAUGCCUUUGAUCAGCAAGAAGCUGAAUUCCAGUGGAUCCGACAUCCAAGAGACCAGCCUGGGAGCAUGUCCAUGGGUGAUGGUCCUAUCCAGAGGUUCUUCAGCGACCUAAGUUUACCCCGAAGAUAUCGAGGCAGAAGCAAAAAGGGCCCCUCCAGGGGCUGCUUUGGUGUCAAGCUGGACAGAAUUGGGGCACUGAGUGGACUGGGAUGCUAA